AUGCGCUUCCUUGACAGUGUUGCCCGCGUCGCAGGCGCUCUGGGCUUUGCUCGUCGCCAGUUCUACUUUGAGCCCGACUCAGUCGUCUAUGAGGAUCCAGAAACGGGUCUGAUUUUCUCCUCUUAUACGAGUCACAACGGCAUCAGCUUCCGCGUCGCCGUCCCCGAUCCACUUCCAGAGGAUAAGAUUUUCGAUACCGUCUUGCAAAUUGUUGCCCCUAUUGAUGUCGGUUGGGCUGGCUGGGCUUGGGGAGGGCAUAUGACUUACAACCCUCUCGCCGUAGCUUGGGCGAAUGGGACCAACAACGUUGUCAUCACGUCCAGGAUUGCUUACGGCUACUUCAGCCCCCCCGACUACGAAGGCUCCGUGUACACUGUUCUGGAGAAGGGCACGCAUAUUAACGAGACUCACUGGCAAGUGACUGCCAAAUGCACCGGCUGCACUCGUUGGGGCGACGAUGACUUUGGGUACACGACGCUCGAGCCCGAGGGCCAGAUUAAGUUUGCCUAUGCCUAUUCCAACACCCCCGUCGAUGACCCAGCUGAUCCAUCUUCGAGCUUCGGCAUCCAUCACAGCCUGGGACAUCCUUUCUAUGACUUGGCUCAGGGCGCCAAUGCGGACUUUGCGGCCAAGGUUGAGCAGGCUUCGGGGAAGCCUGAAGAAGCCCCGAAGGAGACCCCUAAGGAGGAGGAGGAGAAGGAAGAGGGAGAUGAGGAGGAUGCUUGUGAGUAA